AGCAGUCUGGUCUUCCCACUCCUAUCAGGAGUGCUGGGGCUGAACCUUAUCUGUCAGUACUUCAGUUUGAUUUAGACUCGCUCUGAAUGGUGGAUCACGCUGUUCCUGCGCGCAGGAACUGUUCCACCGGAUUUUACGCACACACGGUCGGAGACAAGCGAUCGGAAAACACACUUGGUGACAUUUUCUGUCGUCGAUAACAGCAGGCAGCAGGUGUAACAACUCCCAGUUCGGUAAUAACUUCUAAUCCUAAAGCAGUUAUUUAUCCUGGCGACCCUGUGGACUCGUUGUUCCAAAAUGUUCCCUCAGUUUCCGUGGCGGAGCGCCUGUGCCUCGGUUUCCACGCCAGAGCGGACUGUUUUCCUGCCGCUGGCUGUUCAACGCUCCCAUCACUUCACUGGAUUAUAACAGGAAAGGAACCUGUUGGUGGUUAAAACUGCCUCAUUAACGAAGGUCACGCUUGUUUCUGGACGCAUCUACCUCCUUGUUAUAUUUUAAAACAAAACAAGGAAACAUUUUUCUGUGGAUACGCGUUUUGGCACAACACUGCUCAGUGAUGCCGCGUCGGAUCCGCGUCCUGCUGCUGCUGCUUCACCUGGCUGUGCUGCUGCUGGGCUUGGCAGCCGGAAUGAGUCGGAUACGGAAGAAGGCUACGAGGACCCGGUCUUGUCUGGACCUGCCGGAGGAAAUCCUGGAGCAAAUGUUCGGGCGGCUCUCGGUCGGUGUUCUGAGCGCUUUCCACCACGCCCUGCAGCUAGAGCCGCAGGCCAAACUCAACCUGACCUGCCCGACCACCGCACGGUCCCAGACCGACAGCAAGACCCGCCUCCCGGUCAGCCUGCGCAGCAUCUCUCCCUGGACCUACAGGAUCUCCUACGACCCAGCCAGGUAUCCCCGCUACAUCCCUGAGGCCUACUGCCUGUGUAAGGGCUGCCUGAUUGGACCGUACGGCGAGGAGAACAACCAGUACCGCAGCACCCCGGUCUACGCUCCCUCUGUCAUCCUGAGGAGAACAGGCUCCUGCAUCGGUGGUCGCCACUCCUACACUGAGAUCUACGUGUCCAUCGCUGUGGGAUGCACCUGUGUGCCGUUGCUGGAGAAGGAGCGGAACAGCAACCAGAGCCUGGAGAGAGCAGAGCCCAAAGCCAGACCGCUCGUCUCUGCAGGCAAGAGAGUGUGAAGGAAACUGGGCUGUGUUACUCGAGAUAAGCUCUUCUGCACCUGAUCCACUUUUUCUAGGUUUUCAUUUUUCCCUCACUGGCAAUACAAACAA